CAUCCGAACGCCGCGGUUUCCUCCACUCUGUGGGUUUCACUGUGGCUCCAAACGGUUCUCCAGUGUCUUGGAGUCCGGAUUUUGCGCCUUUCGGUGAGUCUGCGCCUCCCACAAGCCGGGACCGAGCCCGGCUCGUCGGGUACAGACAGCGGAGACUGUGAAGACUGCGGAAAGAGAUUUGCAAUCCAGUCGAAUAAAUAUAAUAAAGAAAUAUUAGUCCUCAUGGAAGAAGAGCAAGAUUUACCAGAGCAACCAGUAAAAAAGGCCAAGAUGCAGGAACCAGGAGAACAACCGUUAAGUCAAACAAGCAACACAGAUGUCAAUGAUCAGAAACCAGAAACAUCAAGCCUUGCUUCAAACCUUCCCAUGUCAGAGGAAAUUAUGACAUGCACCGAUUACAUCCCUCGCUCAUCCAAUGAUUAUACCUCACAAAUGUAUUCUGCAAAAACUUAUGCACAUAUCCUCUCAGUUCCUGUUUCGGAAACAGCUUACCCUGGGCAGACUCAAUACCAGACUCUACAGCAGUCUCAACCCUACACUGUCUACCCUCAGGCAACACAAACGUAUGGACUACCUCCUUUUGGUGCAUUGUGGCCAGGUAUGAAACCUGAAAGUGGUUUAAUUCAGACUCCAUCUCCAAGCCAACACAGUGUUCUUACCUGCACUACAGGGUUAACCACAAGCCAGCCAAGCCCAGCACAUUAUUCUUAUCCCAUCCAAGCUUCAAGCCCAAAUGCCAGCCUGAUUUCCACUUCACCCACAAUUGCCAAUGUUCCAGCAGCAGCAGUUGCCAGCAUCUCAAACCAGGACUAUCCCACCUACACGAUUCUCGGUCAGAAUCAGUAUCAAACCUGCUACCCCAGCUCCAGCUUUGGAGUUACAGGCCAGACUAACAGUGAUGCUGAGAGUACCACAUACCAGGCAGAGAAGCCUAGUGUCAUGGUACCUGCACCAGCAGCACAGAGACUAUCCUCCGGAGACCCCUCCACGAGCCCAGCUUUGGCCCAGAACACACCAAGUAAAGAUGCUGAUGAUCAAUCCAGGAAAAACAUGACAGGCAAAAACAGGGGCAAGAGGAAAGCUGAUGCCACCUCUUCCCAAGACAGCGAACUGGAACGGGUAUUUUUGUGGGACUUGGAUGAAACCAUCAUCAUCUUCCAUUCCCUGCUUACUGGAUCCUAUGCCCAGAAGUAUGGAAAGGAUCCAACAGUAGUGAUUGGCUCAGGCUUAACAAUGGAAGAAAUGAUUUUUGAAGUGGCUGAUACACAUCUGUUUUUUAAUGACUUAGAGGAGUGUGACCAGGUUCAUGUGGAAGACGUGGCUUCUGAUGAUAAUGGCCAGGAUUUGAGCAACUAUAGUUUCUCCACAGACGGUUUCAGUGGCUCGGGAGGUAGUGGUGGCCAUGGCUCCUCUGUGGGCGUGCAGGGAGGUGUGGACUGGAUGAGGAAACUGGCUUUCCGCUACCGAAAAGUGAGAGAGAUCUAUGAUAAGCAUAAAAGCAACGUGGGUGGCCUCCUCAGUCCCCAGAGAAAGGAAGCACUGCAGAGAUUACGAGCAGAAAUUGAAGUUUUGACCGAUUCCUGGUUAGGAACUGCACUAAAGUCCUUGCUUCUCAUCCAGUCUAGAAAGAACUGUGUGAAUGUUCUGAUCACCACCACCCAGCUGGUUCCAGCCCUGGCCAAGGUUCUCCUGUAUGGACUAGGAGAAAUAUUUCCUAUUGAAAACAUCUAUAGUGCUACCAAAAUUGGUAAAGAGAGCUGCUUUGAGAGAAUUGUGUCACGAUUUGGAAAGAAAGUCACAUAUGUAGUGAUUGGAGAUGGACGAGAUGAAGAAAUUGCAGCCAAACAGCACAACAUGCCCUUCUGGAGGAUCACAAACCACGGAGACCUAGUAUCCCUCCACCAGGCUUUGGAGCUUGACUUCCUCUAAGAACUGCAAUGGGGGACUUCCUGUGGGCUCCUUUCUGUUCUGAAGGGAGCAGAAGCCAGAAGCAACUGGGAACUUCCUUCUUUUCGCUCCUCUGUCUCUGUCUGUCUGGCUGUCUCUCUUUCUCUCCUUCUCCUCCCUUCCCUCUCUGGAAUGCUGGCGAGAACACAAUCAAAAGCAGCAACUGCAACUUUUGCUACGAGUGAGCGCAGCCUGUGUCCAUCCUCACGCACACACGACACUUGGGUAGAGAGAGCGUACCUUUCUGCGGCGGUGGCAGUGCUUUUCAUUCUCUGCGUUUUGUUUCCAAAAAGGAAAAACACGAAAGGGAAUUCUUGGGGCACAGUUGUACUCUUAGUCCAUGAGCAGAUGGCACUGCAGUCCCCUUGUGGCAAGGGAACACACAGAGGGGUGUGGGAGGCUGUCCUCUGCGGUCCUCAGGGGAUGUAUGCUGGAAGGCGCUCUCUGAAGCAGGUUCCCCUAUUCUGUCAAGAAAGAGGCAAGUGUGAGGCUUCCAUGAACACAGUCACUGAAGGACCUGAAAUACCUCUGGUGGCACUUCCUCAUCUGCCCCUCAGAUGGCUCUAUCCAAUGGUGGGCACUGGUCACUGAUGAACUUUCUGCUUUGGCACUGCCCAGCCUAGAACCUCAGUCUCCUGUCAGUCCCUGUCCCCCUUAAAUGAAAUGGCACAACCCUGGACACCUCUUCCCUUGGGCAGGAAAUUCGAAGCUAUCUGGUAGACUGAUUUAGAGACUUCAUCCCAGGAGACUUGGCCACCAAGGAGACAAGGGACUCAGGUUUCUUAGGAAUUUCAGCUGCUUUGGCUCUUGAGACCAGAAGAUUCCACUUACUUCUCCUGCAGAGAAGCCUUCUCUUGCCCGAGAAAUCCUGCAGCCUCUUCCCGACCCCUCCCGGGUCCCUCCUUGCCCUCAGAGCCUCUCAUCUACCUGCACGCGCUGCAGCUCCAGCCAGACCCUGCCCACGCGUGCAAAGAGCUCAAGUCAAGCCUAAGCACAAGCUUCUAGCUACUUCCUGGAGGAGGCUCUUCACCUGCUGGGUGCCCUGGGUGUGAAUUUACCCAGAUCUCUGCCAGGAACCUAAUUUCCCAUGGGGCACUCUCCUUCCCAAAUCCCAUUCUAAGAUGGGAAAGCAGAAAGACUUUCUUGAUUUAAAUGAGAGCACUAGUUCUCCUAUUUCAUGCCUGAAAUACCGAGCCAGAUAUGAGCUUGCCCCUCAUCCUGACCCCUGCAAGGUUGGUGGUGGUCCCAGCCCUCGUCCCAGCCCCCUAACCCACCUGUGUUGUGGUGGAUGCCCUCGCUCCCCAGGAUAACCGACACACCUACCUGCUCCAAAGGUUUGAACUUCCCCAGAGCUGAGGAAGGUGCAGCCUGGGCCUCAGUAGGAGGUCCCUAAGCAACCCAGCUGAAACCUCAGGUCCUCAGAUGCUGCGUACCCAUUCCCACUGAUGUUGAAGCACACGGCGGCAAGAUUCUUUCCAACACUGGCUCACAUGGUUAGCCACAGAGAAUGCUGCUGCCAGCCCUUAGAGCUGACCACAGGGUUCGGAGCGGCCUGCAGAGGCCUCCAUCACCUUUUCACCUUGGCCUCUAAGUGUUUGCAGCUGGGAGCGGAAGAAGGGAGUGAGUCCCAGGCCAACCUUCCCAGUCUGUCCACAGCACCGAUGCCCACAUGCUACCUUGCCUUGUUGGAAAGCUCUAGACCCUCCCUCACUUCCAUUGUAGCUGUUGAUUUCCUGUCUGGACAAAGGCCACCGGCUGGGUCUGGGCCUCCCCUGAGGAGGGCAGGUGUGUCCUAGUGGCCACACUGGGAGGGCCCCUUGUUCUGAGACUAUGGCGUGGACUCCUUUUGUAAUAUCCUUUUCCUCUUCCCCUCACUGCCCAGCUUAGCUCUCUCCAGGAGGAAAUUGGACUUGGCCCAGAACAGUGAGGAGGUUUUGAACAGUGCUCGGCACCUCUGCGCCUUCCCAGUGGCUGCCAUCCUCACUUAGAGGACAGCCGGAGAGCAGGUGCUUCUAGGUUACCCUCGGCCACAGCAAUCGCCCAGGAGUCGCUGCCCUUCUCUCCCUGCCCAAGGAGCUGGGAGGGGAAGUGAGUGGGGACCAUGCAGAGUUGCUGGAGGCCUGCCCUUCCCACAAGGUGGGACCCUUCUUCCCGAAAGAGGCUUCUGUAUAGUUAGCCACGUGGUGGCACCUGCGCCCACUGGGCACUGUUCCGGGGGCUGUUUCUGUGGUGGCUCUGGAGGUGACUUGGUUACAGGGGGCGUGACUUUCGAAUGUAAAACUGACUGUGCCUUAGCAUCACCCUGUCCAUGGGGGCAGCUGGUGAUAUCCAGGAGAGGGGACCCCUGCUCCACAUUUAGACUCCCAUUGGGGCUUUUGUUUAAUUUCGGGGUGUUUCUGUCUUCUGCCCUGCAAGUUAGGGGGCAAAACUAGUGUCCCAAGACUUGCCACAGCUUUUUUUCAGUUUCCAUAAACUCAGCUCCACAGCGUCAGGUAGGGUGUGAUUGGCAAACUCAGCCACAGCAAACUGCUCAUUGCAUACCACCUUGACUGGGGAGUCCUGCCACAGGACUGAAGGAGACCCUGGGGGAGCACGGCUCCAGCUGUCCUCCCGGGAGAGCCUUCCUCUCCUCCCCAGGGAGCAGUUAGGGCCCCUCUUGAGCAGGCUUGUGUUUCUUCUAAACUGCUUUUCUUUUUCAUCUGGAAAUUAGAACUCACUAGAUAUACAUUAAAGAAGCCAAAUCAGAAUUCUGAGAUUCUCAAAUAAUCCUAAGAGGGAAAGUCUAGUUGUGUGGCAGCCUCUGAGCAGGCCCUCUCCCCUCUGCUGUGCCAGCUGUGCCACAGCUGGCUCCCAGUGCACCCAUGGCAGCCAUCCCAUUCAGUUGGCUAAGAUUUCUACUGCAAACCCAGCUCUCCCUCUGGACCUCACAUGCCUCUUGGCAGGAAAGGCAUUGGUCAGAUUGGAUAUAUUUAUGUGACGGCGGGCAUUUGUGGCUGUAGAAUCCUUGACCAUAAUGUUAUAUGUAAUGGGAACUAUCUUAUAAACUUGAAAAAUAAAGUUUUUAUUUUCUAU